AAUUUACUGCAGAACUGAGAAAGAUGUCUGCUACCAUUUGCAAGCGCUUUGUGGCUGCGUGGGUUGCUAAAAUGAAACGAGAGCUACAGGCGGGUACUUAUAGCAGCGUCUGAAAGCCGAAACCAUCGAACAAAUCUAACUGCCCUGCCAUGAGUCGUGAUGGUGACUCUGCUCCCAUGACAGUGUACAAGAAAGCAGAACUACAAGAUUAUGUGCAGCCACAAAAGUCAAAGUCUUCGAAAAAGAAGGGCUCCAGUUCAAAACUGGAGCCAGCGCAAGACACUCUGGAGCAGCUGGAGUCGAGCUUGAACAGCAGCCAGGUAUCGGAACAGGCAGUUCCUGAUGAGGAGCGGUCGAACAUCGCUAUGACGCAGAACGCGUCGCGUCGAAAGCAGCGUUUCGUCAACUUGUACAGCCGGGAAGGACGGGCGCGUGACGUCGUGUUGCUGCCCGGCCGACAUCCGUGCGAAUGUCAGGCCCACCGCCACGCGCUCAUCAACAACUGUCUCCGCUGCGGCCGCAUCGUCUGCCGACAGGAGGGGUCGGGCCCAUGCUUCACCUGCGGCAAUUUGGUGUGCACGAAUGAAGAAAAGGAGAUCCUGUCUCAUGAUUCUAAGAAGAGCCACCAACUUAGGAACAAGCUCAUGAACCAGACUGUUGAUGAAAAUCUUGCCAAGGCGAUUGAGCAUAAGAAUCGACUUCUCGAAUACGAUCGCACCUCGGAACGUCGUACUCGAGUCAUAGAUGACAAUGCUGACUACUACUCCUCUGACAACAAAUGGCUUACACUUGAGCAACGAGAAAUGAUUCGUAAGAAAGAACGGGAGCUGUACGCAGAGCAGCAUGCUUCAAGACGCCAACAGAAGGUGACGUUAGAUUUUGCUGGGCGCCAAGUGGUGAAGGAGGAAGCACAGCAUCCCAGCAUCCAGAGCUUGUUGCAAUCACUCGUAGCACCUAUGGCCGAAGCAAAUGUCAACGACCGUGUGUGUAAAGAAGUGGAAUCCACACAUUUUAUGGAUCCGGCUCUGGAUAUGCCGCCUCCUGAGUAUAUGCCAACCGGAGCCCUCCGUGCGCCAAAACGCAGCCGUCCGAUGGGCGACAACAGCCUGGUGUGCACCUCAAGCAGUGGCCAAGUCCUUGGCUCCCGCAUUCAGGAUCGAGCACUCAUGGAAAUGUCUGACGAUGGCUUUGCCCUCUCCGUGCAACAACCAUAUGCUGGUCUGCUAGUUGCUGGAAUAAAGAAGCACGAAGGGCGUGCUUGGUUCACAACGUACAGGGGCCGUCUGUGGAUCCAUGCAGCCAGCAAGCAGCCCAGCCAGGAGGACAUCAGUGAAGUGGUUGAUAUCUAUCACAAGAUCGUCAAAGAGACGGGAGAAAUUGUUAGUUUUCCAGAUGAGUACCCAACAAGCUGCCUUUUGGGAUGUGUCAACCUUGUCGACUGCCUGCCCCAGGACAUCUAUCGUGAACAGUAUCCAUUUGGGGAAUGCUUCUCGCCAUUCGUCUUCAUAUGCGAGGAACCCCAAGAACUGAAAGCACAGUUCCCAAUGAAGGGGCAGCACAAAAUCUUCAAAAUGGACUCAAGGCUGCACCAUGCAGCAAAGAAGACGUUGCUCUGUCCCCAGAUCUUGACAGGUUGACCAGUUGUUCCACUGUAGAAAGGAAAAUGCCCUCUUUCUUUUGCGCAGAAAAUAAAUUCUUUAUUAUUGUA